UGCGAGGAGAGACCUCCUGGGCUCCUCCCCAAACAGCAGUGCCUUUUUCAACAAGUAGAAUGCCUGUGGCUUCAGGCGGGCCUCCCAGCUCCAAACUAUCUCUAUUGUCAGAGGACUGUUACUUUGGAUAAACAAGCUGCCUCUAAAAAAUCAGGUGACGACUCCAUUAGCACCCUGGGCCUGAUCCUCUGCGUGGGGCUAUCGCUGCUGCUCGUGUCCAUCCUGGGCUACAGCCUGGCCAAGUGGUACCAGCGCGGGUACUGCUGGGAGGGGCCUAAUUUUGUCUUCAACUUGUACCAAGUCCGGAACCUGAAGGAGUUAGAGAUGGGUCCACCCUUCACCAUCAGUGGCCACAUCAGCAGUCCAGACGGCGGCUACAUGAAGUUCUCCGACAGGCUUGUCUGAUGAGGGGAGUGUCAGCGUUCUGCAGUCCCGGAGAAGUGAGUGGAAGGAGGAGGCUCCUGGCUGAGCACCUGCCUCUCCUGGGCUCCCCUGGGCUGCCUUUGCCCCCUGGGUCUUCAGGGCCUGGCCUGGCCCAUCUCGUGGACAUGAGGAAUCUUCUCCAGGCACACCACCAGGCUGAGGCCUGAGAGUCCCGCAGGGAGUCAGGCCUCUGGGGACAGUGUCUGGGGAAGUCAUGGUGUCUUUCUCACAGAAACAGAGAGGUGGACAUUCCCAAGAGAGGUAGGGCUGGUUUCCCAGAGGCCCCUGAGCCUGUGGGAGGAGUUCCAGGUGCCCUGGAGAGCAGAGUCCUCCCAGCUCGGCGGGUGUGGGUGGGGCCUGGAGGCUCCAGAGGGCAGCACUACGUGGAGCAUCCCCUGUCACUUCCCCUGCAGAGCCGACACCAGGGCCAGAAACCUGUCAUACCCUCAGGAGGCCAAGCCAUGUGGCAGGGAGGUGAUUCCAGGAGCUUUUUAAUUUUCCUCCCAGAACCAACUUCCCCUAAGAGCUGAAGGCUGAGCUGGGGCCUGUACUCUGCCCUGCUCCGCUCUGCACGUGUUUCUGGCACUUUCAACAGCACCCCCCCCCCGCCCCCGCACCCCUCAUGCCCUCUCAUACACCUGGCCUCCAUCUGGCUCUGUUUUCUCUGCUGCUGACCAGCCUCUGUGCCUCCUAAACAAUUUUGAGAGCAGUGCUGAGAACAGUCCAGAAAUACGUUCUUGUUUUUAGGUUCCUGGGAUGGGAUGGGCAUGGUAGGGAGAGCUCUGGCUCCAGAUGUUCUCCAUUUCCUGUGCAAGGCCUGCCCUGGGAUGUGGAAGGUGGACCAGAAAUGGCAGGAGUGGGGAACAGGAACCCAAAUUAGGCUUAAAAAAAAAAAACACACACACACAGCUAAUGUACACGGGAAAUCAAGAACCAAGAAUAGCCUGGUGGACAGCAAACAGUUUGCUCAUGAGUCAUCACUUCUUCCUCCCAUCUGUGCCCUGCUGGACCUGAGGUGGAGCCCACGUGGGGAUGUUAGCCUAAGUGCUCAGGGCGGAGUUGUUCAAUCCAGAGACAGACACUGAGUUCCUGGGGCAGCUGUGGAUGGAGCAGGGUCUGAGAGGGGCCCUGCCAAUGCCGACACCUGCAGUUACAACUACCAGCCGCCAGUCUCCCCACUCAUGUCCCAGCAAGAAAGCCAAUGAGAUGCAGAGGCCCAGGACAAUGGCAGGCGAGGAGGCCAAAGGCCAUAUGAUUUGUCUUCCUAUCCUCUCUUGACAGAGGCCUGGUGUCUUUCUUGCUCUGGGUUCUAGCAGAUUGCAGAGAAAAAAAGGAAGGAGAGAGAGGACUUACCAGAUCCUAUCCCCUCACUUCCUGCCACGGUCUGGGGGCCAUUCUCCUAGUGUAGCCAGGCUCCUACUUAAUAAACCCAGUCUCUGGAUUUGGAGGUCUUCAACUGGGCCCCAUCUCUUCUACUCCUGAGUAGGUGAAGGUGGGGAAUAGCCUCAGUGACUCUGGAUCCCUCCCUUCCUUGAAGGCCUAUUAGGGGUCAGGGAGAUGGGCUGACUUUGGUGGCCUUCUUCCUUGAACUUCAGUUCUGAGGGCUGAGUUCCAUUUCUUGGCCCAGGGGUUGUCCAGUCUCAAUAAAACCUCAACCAUGCCCUGCUCAGCGUGGAGCCUGGGUCUGCCCCUGCAAGUGUUCAGAACUCAGUGCCCUUGGGGAAACCGAAAGGAUGGAGCGCAGGGCCCAGGUGGUCUUGGCCCUAGGUUUGGUGGUAUCAGGUAAGGAGACAGGGACAGAUGCGGAGGGCCGGGAGAAUGGAGGGUAUUUCCUAUCCUUGGGAGCGGAACUGAGACUGAGCCACUUCCUCUUUUAAGGUCCUCUGACGUGUUCCCGGUCCUCUUUGCCUCCCCCUCGCUUUCCUGACUUCCGUAGUCUGGCUAGCACAGCUUUCUUUCCUCUGGGGCCCCAGGCCCCACCCUAGGAUUAUCCAUAUUUUUGUUGGAGGCAGAUUCCAACUCAUUCAGAAAUGAUUAGGGAGCAGGUGCCUAGAAAUCUGGCUCUAGGUCUGGUUGUUCUGGGCACUGGCCGGGCACCCAGACUCACGGCCGUGCCAGAGCCUCCUGCAACCUUGUGACAUGGAGAUGAUUAUUGGCCCCCUUUUACUUAUGGAGAGACUGAGGCUUACAGAGGUAGGCUGUACAGCCAGCCACUGACUGCACUGGAGCCCGAGUAGAGCCUGAGGCCGCACAGAUGCAGCCUGACCUCAGGGCUCGGUAGGAGGAGGGCUGAACACCGUAGAUGAAGGUCUGGUCUUGACCUGUCCUGCCAUGCUGUGUGGCCGCGGGCUAUCACGUCCCCACCCUGGGCUUUCGUUUCAGCAUCUAGAAAUUCAGGGAUUGUACUGCUUCUCCAAGUCUCCUCUCUUUUUCUUGCGGGAAAAAAGAGGGUCUUAUUAUUACUAUCUUUAAUCUCUGUACUCUCUGUCUUUCCCAUAGGACUUGGCACAUAGUAGGCAUUCAAGAAACAAAAGAUGUAAGUACCAAGUGUAGUUAUAACGCUCUAACUCAGGAGGUGGCAACUGAAAGGUGACCUUUUAGUUCCUUUAGACCCUGAUGCUUGAGGAUCGUAAAUAUUACUCAGUCUGUCUUUGACCUUGGAUAAGUUCGACCAGCAUCCCAGACUGGACCACUCCCAACCAAGCUGUUCUUUAGCAGGAAGACAAAACACUAAUGCUUGCUGGACACAUAUCAGUGCAGAGCAGGGAUUUCAUACGCACUGUCUCACUGCAUACUCCCAGCUUCCAGGUGAGGGAACAGAGGCUCAAGUUCUAGUGAAAUGAUUUGCUUAGGCCAGGCCAGAAUUUAUUUUCCUUAUAAUCCUCUGUUACUUUUAGCCUCUACCCAGGCUAGCAGCUUCCCAAGCUCCCGGUCCCCAAGGAAGCAGGCCCCUCCCUCUGGUCUCUAAUCUCUUUUCUGGGUCCCCUGGUGUGGUGAGAAGGGCUUCUGUCCUCAGCUCUGAACUUCUCACUGACCCAUUCCUUAUUCUUUCUAUUAUUUUUUAUAUCCCCUAUAUGGCCUCCAAAUCACCGAAUUCUGCCUGUUCUUUGUGCUCGCUCAAUUUUCACAUCCCCAAAGUUCUUUAAGACCUGGAGAUCUUCUUGUCCUCUGCUUUUUAAUACAAAAUACUCUCUGGCUCCCAUAACUUAUGAUCAUUCCCUUGUAUUCAUUCAUGAAGCUUCUAUAAUGUGCUAGGAACUGUGCUAAGCACUGUGGGGGAACCCAGUCUCUCUUGAGAUUAACCUCACUCCCUCCUAUUUGAUGAAUACUUCUUGUAGGCAAAAAUCAGGUCUUAACACCUUUUCUGAGUUCUCCAUGGUGACUUGUACGGCUCUGGCUGCAGCCAGGAACUUCUCAGGAAAUUAUAUUGGAGGCUUCUUCGGUCUCUUUGGGGGCAUCUUGGGUCUUGCUUCAUCCCUGGUCCAAUCCCAGGUGCUCUGAAAACCAAAGCUUUGGAUUUUCUCUUCCCGUCCUGCAUCAUGUCCCACCCUUUAAUCAUCAGCAGAUACAAAUCUGGAGAAAGUGCAGACACAGUGACUUUUCCUAUUGAAGGGACAACCUAAGGGAUGGCCAAGCCCACGAAGAGGCUGCGCAGGUGAGGAGGGGGCUCUGCCCUCCUGCAGCUUCCUUUUCCGUCGUCAUGACCUUGCUCCUGCCAGCAGCCACAGAGGGGCCAACAUCUACGAUACCCCUCUCUCUGGCUUGGGGUUCUUAGAACCUCGAAGUGGGAGCUCAUGGGAGUAUUAUUACUGUAUUUUAAAAAACUGCUUAGUGAUCAAAAACCAUCUAGAAGCCGUGAUAUUUAAGCAGAUCUGGUACAAAACAGGAAGCCAGUGGCCUGGUGAAUUCUCACACUUGGGGACCAGAAGUGAAAAUGUUCUGUCCCCACCCCCCAAGCAGCAGCAGGCCAGCAAAACAGCCGGUGGGGCAGCGCUGGAGGUCUCAGUAGACUCCGUCUCCGGGAUGUUUCCUCCAGACCCACGGGGGUUGUCUCCUCCUCCCCAAAACCUCGGAUGAGGCUUCUCAUACACGGGCAGGGAGCCGUGGGGAGGGAGGGGGCUGGACAAUGUCAGAACCCUGUCUUCUGUUCUAGUCCCAGGAGCUGGUGGGCCCCAGGGGCCUUGUUUGUAUAAGGCUGACGUUGGACUUGAGGACACUGAGGGUCCUUCCAGCUGCAAGGCUAUUUCAGAGUGUGGGUGACUUCAGUUCCACAGUACUGGGGGAGGGCGCAGGGGACGAGGUAGGCGGAGAAGCUCUGAGUGGGCUGUGUGUGUGUGUGUGUGUGUGUGUGUGUGUGUGUGUGUAUACAGCAGAGGUAAGCCAAGGAGGAGCAGAUUGUGUCUUGUUGCCUGCUGUAUUCCCAGAGGGCCUGCCCAGGGCAGGUUCUCAAUGAAUGUUUGCUGAAGGGGUGAACGGCUGCAUGUUCAAUGUUUUCACGGUCCUUCGCCUUGCCUCCUGACCACAUCCCCUUGCUCUAGGCUUCCUGUUUAGUCUGUAGCCCUGAGUCUCUCCAGCACCUAAGAGCUACAGGGUGAGAACAGCAGGGAAGGGAAUAAUCAUGAUAUGCCAGGACGAAGCCAAGAAGAUGACAAGCCUGAAAGGAAAAUCAAGUUUAUGUACAGCCUGCUUUAUUUUUGUCUCAGUCUAAUGUCUCCCAAGGAUCCAUUCAGCCUCAGGCUACCGUUACCAUCACUGCCGUCUCCUGUUUGGAUAUUAUACUUCUUCUAUUUCUUGCACAUGCUUUUCCUUGUGAGGAAAUCCAUUUUUCAUGCAUUCAUUUAUUCAUCAAAAAUGUACUGAGUCCUUAUGCUCUAUAUUAGCCAUUGGUUGGGUGUGAAGGACACAGAGAUAAAACAAGAGUGUCUGCCCUCCAAGAGCUCACAGUGACAAGAGGACUGGAUGUCUUACAGUCAGUGACAGCAGUAUGCCCAGUGCAUUACUGAGACAAGUCAGAUUGAACACUACUCUCUCCAUUUGGCAGAUGAGAAGACUGAGGCCUGGAGGUGACAUGGUAAGAUUGAGCUGGUUGGGGAUAGAACCCAGGGCUCUUGAGUUCCAUUCCACUCCUGAGCAUUCUUCCCACUCCCUGGGUCUGUUGGCCCUGCCCGUUUGCCCUUGGGGCAUCUCCAGACCAACCACCUUGCUUUAGAAGCCUGUCCAUGGACUUGUCCAUUCAGCCUGAUGGACUGAUAGACACCUCCUCCAUGUGAGUGUCUCGCUUUCUUCAACUCUGUUGCAUCACGCCGCAUAGCCCUUGUUCUACUAAUUGUGUGGUCUCUUUGUCCCAGGUUUGAAUUGCGGGCUCAGAUCUUACACUAUCUCAAGUUUCGGGAGAGUCUCCUAACCUCAUUUAGCAUAAUUUAAUAAAUCAUGUAUUUUACUGCAACAAAUGUGCAUUGAACACUCUAGCUGGGUCAAACGCCCCUCCUACAACCUCCGAGCACGUCUCCGUCACAGCACAUUCAGCUGAUGCCUCUUCUCUUACAUCCUCUCAGCUCCACCUCUGAUUCCACCCAGUUCUGAGCGGACUCCAACUCCCUCUGUGCUGACAAGUCUCUUCUCCAGUGUCCACUGCCCAUCAUUUGCUUUCUGCCCUGGCUCCUUCUGUUCAGGGGUAGUCCAUGGACCCUCAUGCACCGGCAGCCCCAAAGUGCACAGCAGUCAGCAUCUCUGGGGGAAGCUUCAACCAGUGGGGUUCAGGAGCAGAUGGAUCAGGGCUUCUCCUGUCAAUGAUCAGGGGACAGUUGGAAGAGGUCUCUAUAUGCUCCAAGGAACAUUCCAGUGGGAUCAAGGUCCAGCAUCUCCCAGCAUGACCAGCUUGAGAACAUAUUCUUGUUUUGGCUUUUCCUUCUCUUGGUCCCUCACUCUUGUUCCCUGUGAUCACCUUCCAAAUAAACCACCCACCCACAA